AUGAGCAUGCCCAAUUAUCGCGCCGGUCUUGAACCUCGACAAGCAGGUUACCUGCUCGAGAUACGCCACCAACGUGCAGUUGAGCAGGAUUCCUGUUUUACCCUGGGAUUGGCCAACAAGCUCGCACAUGAUCUUGCAGAUCCGACGCACUGCCCUUUCACUGACAUCAUGAAUCGCUCUCGACAAGCGGACAGAAACUUUCUUGACGAGUUUGGAAAUCACCCUCUUUUGCAUCUUCGCUUGAACUCGGACAGAGAUAUGGAUGAGUCCUUCUUCGAUUUUGACAGCUAUCUAGGAUGCGCGGGUAGCGAGAGUGAUAGCAUCCCAGAGCAGAUGGUAGUAAGGACCGGUCCGUAUGAAGAGAAUGCCCUUGAAGCGUCUGUGCACACCGUUCGAUCUGCGGAUGGCGAGAGUCCUGGCAUCCCAGAACAGACGACAGCCGAGACCGUUCGGUACUCAUCGGAUGCCGUCCAAAGCCUGCUACCUGUCACCCGAAGUGAAGAUAGUUCCGAUCAAGUUCCCAUAGAUCCUAGGAUCCUAGACUCUUGUCAUCGCGUCUCCGAGGCCGAUGUAUUCAUCGACCGAACCACGAGCAUGCUGGCAGACGAUGACAAAGAAUCUGUUGACCAACCCCGAGACUUGAGCCCAUCAGUCCCCACUGAUACCAGCUCAAAGAUGGAUAAGAAGAUGCUAGAAGACUUCGAAAACUUCGACGGACGUAGUUUGACGAAGAUCAACCACACUCUGUCGAACUGCCAUACUCCAGAGGGUUUGCGUGACGUUCAGCUCGAUUUGCUGGAAAAUGGACAAGCUGGUGCCUCUCGCGAUUACCAAUGGGGAACCCAGACGUUUCGCGUUUAUCGGUGUCCCAGAUGCUCGCUGGUGAGGAAGAUGGGGACGACGCUCACCAGACAUGGUUUCUGCGAUGGAUGUCAAAAGAUGCAGGACGAUAUAGCCGGCGCGAGGCUGCGAAAGAACACGCUCAACCACAGGUCACGCAGACAGCCACGACUCACAAGCCAUAAACCACGAAUCACAAAUGGCAAGACGUACUUACUUCAUCACCCAUUCAUUCAAACGACAACGUCGUUCAACCAUUAUCACAGAAGGCCUAACGCUCAUCUUCGCGCGAAACUGGUGCAAGGCUCGACUGGUCAAUUUGAGGACGAUUUGACUCUCGCGACCGACGUGUUUCUGGACUAUCAGAUCCUGUUGAAUCAGCGUAGCAAAGUAGGUAGCGGAGGACCCAAUGCCACACCAUCAGCGAAUGAUGGAAGUCAUGCCAACUGGAUCCAGAGGUCCUUCCGAGCAGUCUGCCGUCCUGGCCGCGAACCCAGUACACUAGAAGCAAGAGGACAGAAACACAGCAUGAUGGAAAGGACAAAGGAUCUCGCCCUUUUCUGCCGCCUCGUCAGGCGGGCUCGAUUCUCCCCACGUAGCAGUAGUAUAGACUCCUGUGCCUCGACGAACGCAUAUGAAGAAGAACGAAAAACUAUCAGAGGUCUCGGUCCCUGGAAUACUCUUUCAAGUUCUUUCUCCCCCUCAUCCGACCCGCCAUCGACCUCCAAAAAGAACUACGGACACAGUCCCACUCCGUUAUCCUCUUCGAAAGGUCUGUCUCGGGGACGAUCCUGGUGGAACCUUCGAUCUCCCUCAAAGCGACGACGAAACUCGAAUUUCUCCAUCGGCAGUGACACUUCUCAGAGUCAGAGCGAUAUAUCAACCCCUCAUGGGUCUCCGCAAUUGAUGAGGACUAUAUCAUCCACCCUCAUGGAGCCGGACGCUUCUUGCAGACCAGGACCGCCCGGUUGGCCUUCCAAAACCCGAGAGUUGAACAGUGCACAAUGGGAUCAAAUAUACGAGAUCUCCCUGGAUCUGAUAGAAUGUGCCUGGGAAGGAGCUUUUCGUGGGUAUGGCGGAUCCGAUAGCUGGUCAAAUACGAAAAAGGAACUGCUUGGGAGAGUCCUUGAAGGCAAGAAACACGUGUGUGUGAGGAUCGAGCUCCCGGCUCAACAGGAACAGCGGGAAUUUCAUGGCCACCUCACGGUUUCGGUACAGUCAUCCCAUCGCUACGACGAGUUCACUCUGGAUGCCACGAUUCCGCGGGUCUCUUGGCUGGAAGAACUCCCUCGCAAAUACGACAUGCCAAUAUGGCAGCCUUUCCUCAGACCUCAUCGGGAGCGCAACGUGAAGGCUGCCUUGCAAGACAUGAUGGGACGAUGCACCGCAAGACGUCGAUUCCCUUCUUCCGAGGUCUUCAUAGGUUUCCAAUGCGAGACUAUCUCGUCAACCAACUCUUCCAAAACAUUCACAGUUGAUCGUCGGCUACUGUAA